UUCUGGCAACCCAUUUCCUGACAGAAGAAGUGGAAGCAGAAGAUAUGGAGUCGUUUUCUAUGUGUAAUGUUUCUCUAUAGAAAUGUUACAUGUACAAAAUGACCGGCGUUGCUGGGUAAUGGAUGAUCAACACGAUGUGCAGAAGUGGCUCCUUCUACUGCUGCUCAGCGCACAGGCGGCGUCCCACUCCCUCCAAUACAUCAUCACUGAAACCACUCCAGGAACAGAUCUCCCAGAGUACACUGUGGUGGGUCUGGUGGAUGGAGAGCAGUUUGUAUACUAUGACAGCAACAUCAAGAAGAUGAUUCCAAAGACAGAGUGGAUGCAGAAGAAUGUGCGUGAAGAUUACUGGACCAGAGAGACACAGAAGCAGGAUCGAGUUCAAGAGAUCUUCAGGGCUAAUCUGGCUAUUUUAAUGAAGAGGUUUAAUCAGACAGACGGGGUUCACACGUUACAGAGGAGGUCUGGCUGUGAGCUGUGUGGAAACGGCACCGUUACUGGAUACUUUCAGUUUGGUUACGAUGGAGAAGACUGGAUGAGUCUGGAUAUGAGCACAUUGACCUGGACUGCAGCUCAUCAGAAAGCUCUUAGUACCAAACUCAAGUGGGAGGCUGCUGGAGAUCCAAAUUACAGGAAGCACUAUCUGGACAACGACUGUGUCGACUAUUUGCGGAAGUAUGUGGAGGACGGCAGAUCCAGUCUGGAGAGGAAAGUUCCUCCUGAGGUGUCUCUGUUCCAGAAGGACUCUUCUUCUCCAGUGGUGUGUCAUGCUACAGGUUUCUUCCCCAAAGCAGUGAUGAUCUCCUGGCAGAAGAAUGGGGAGGAUCUGCAUGAGGACGUGGAGCUCAGAGAGACGCUACCCAACCAGGAUGGAACCUUCCAGAAGAGGAGCGUUCUGACCGUCUCACCUGAGGAGGUGAACAGACACAAGUACACCUGCAUCAUUCAGCACAGCAGCCUGGAGAAGGAGAUGGUGCUGCAGGUGUCUGAACGCAGAGUCCUGUCAGAUAAAGGAUUAAGUAUUGUCGUCAUCAUCAUCUUUAGCACAGUGGUGGCUGGUCUUCUUCUCAUCAUUGUCUGUGUUGGACUUUUCAUCUGGAAGUGGAAGAAGUCUGGCUUCAGAGCCGUUCCAGGAAGCCCUAAAGCCCCUUCUGAGGAAGCCUCACCAUCCAGCAGCUCCUAAAGACCAAAGGUCUUCAUGUUUAUUACAGAGAGUCUUUCUUACACAAUAUGAGGUUUUUGCAGUGUUGCAGAUCAAGUGCUUUCAAUGUGUGUUGCAACUCAGUUGAGUGUCUUCAUGGUCAGUAUAUUAUUUCUUUAUUGUAGAUUCAUCAAAUCUGACUAAAAUGGCUCAAAUUCAAGUAGGAGUGGGCAAUAUGAACUAUCACUAUUCAUAUCAGUGUUUUCCAUUAUUCACACAGUAACAAUCUGAUAGUUACAAUACAGAAAAAAAGGUGAAAACAUUAAUAAUAGCAACAGUAAAUGAAUGGCAGAAAUGCCACAUCUGUGUGAAUGGUCAUUGCCCGAGGGCUGUAGCAGACUGAAACUGAACCAAAAUGUGUCCAAACAUAAACAUCUGUGACACGUCUGUAACACGUCUGUAACACGCAUAACAAUACAACACAUUUAUUAAAAUAGUAGUGUAGUUAAAGUCCAAACCUAUACGUCCCACAUCCCUGUAUAAUUUCUACCUUCACUGCACUUUAGGACUAGCCAGACUUGGCAGAAAAACGGCAAAUCUGGCAACCCUGAGUCACAGGAUUAAUCUGUUUUGUCUAAUAGAGCGAAACAAAGGAGUUAAAAUGGAAACACUUGGAAAGUAACACCACAUCUGGACAAAUGUUCGCCGUGUGCACACCCGUAUUACAGGGAUCGGUAUAGUGUAGUGGUUAACACCUCUGCCUUCUACACUGUAGACUGGGGGUCAGUCCCCCACCAGGGCAGCAACCUACACUAUACCAAUAAGAGUCCUUGGGCAAGACUCCUAACACUACCUUCGCCUACCUGUGUGAAAUGAUCACGUCAGCCAAAUGCUGUAAAUGUAUAUGUAGGCUUAGUCUGUCUGAUUUGCACAUUACUUAUAUAAAGAUUUACCUGUUAUAUCCACUGUUGAAUUAGAGGGGGGGGCGCUCAGUGUUCACCCUCAUAUUUCAGUGCAUAAUUCUGUAGUUAUAGUUAAAUUCCACGUUUUGUUAGUUUUCUGAAACAUAUAUAAAUAAGUGAACAUCCUCUAUAGAGACACACGUCUGCACAUUUUAAUACACAAUUACUGUUUACUUACUGAAUUUAAUAUCAGGAAAAAUAAAACAUGUAGCCAAAGCAAAAGUAAUGACAUUAUAAUUUUUCAAACAUUGAAUUAAAUUAUGCAUUAAAACGUGUAGAGGCGUGUUCUCUGUAGAGGAUGUUACUUUCACUUAGAAACAACAAUGCAGUUUUACAUACAGUUGUAUUGAUGUUAAAGAGAGAAUUUGAUACUUUAUAUUUGGGUUUAUCUGCAUUUUGAGCCACACAUUUGUUUUGUGACUUGUUUUGCAAACAAAAUUGGUGUUAUAAAUGUGCAAUAUAUUCAACAGACAAUGGAAUAAUGCAAUAAAUAUUUUAUUGUAAAUAAAAUAAGUUGUAAAUAAGUUGUAAAUAAAACUUUUGUAAUAUUUUUUAACAGUAUAUAUUUAGUUAUAUAGGCCUCAUUUCCCUGCUCUGUAACCCAUCUCUGGUUUUUGUAAAGGGUCUUUAUUUGUACAGUUUGUGAUUAAAUGCUAUAUUUGUCUCCUGA